AUGAGUCCUGAGGAGAAGAAGCCGCCUCUACCUCCUGCUCCGAGCCACCCAAGAGUCAGCCGGGCGCCUCAGCAGCAGCGGCGUGGAGGAGGAGGAGGAGGGCGCUUGUCGGAGAUUAGGACGCCCAUCCGCACCGAGCCUUUCCGGGAGCGGUAUCGCCUCAGCCCCGGACGCGAGCUGGGCAGGGGCAAAUUCGCAGUAGUAAAGAAAUGUGUGAAGAAAGAGACUGAAAAAGAAUUUGCAGCAAAAUUUAUGAGGAAAAGAAGAAAGGGACAAGAUUGCCGAAUGGAGAUCAUUCAUGAGAUUGCAGUUCUGGAAUUAGCACAACUCAAUCAUUGGGUUAUCACCUUGCAUGAAGUGUAUGAAACACCUACAGAAAUGAUUUUGGUUUUGGAAUAUGCUGCAGGUGGAGAAAUCUUUGACCAGUGUGUCGCUGAAAGAGAAGAUGCUUUCAAAGAAAAAGAUGUUAGACGUCUCAUGAGACAGAUAUUGGAAGGAGUUUCAUUUUUACAUCGAAAUAAUGUAGUUCACCUUGAUUUGAAGCCACAGAAUAUUCUGCUAACCAGUGAAUCACCAUUGGGAGAUGUUAGGCUAGUAGACUUUGGCCUUUCCAGAGUAAUGAAAAAUAGUGAAGAACUAAGAGAAAUUAUGGGAACACCUGAGUAUGUGGCACCUGAAAUCCUGAGUUAUGAUCCAAUCAGUACUGCAACAGAUAUGUGGAGCAUUGGAGUACUAGCAUAUGUCAUGCUAACAGGAGUAUCACCUUUCUUGGGAAGUGAUAAACAAGAAACAUUCUUAAAUAUUUCUCAGAUGAAUGUAAAUUAUGCUGAGGAUUUUGACCUUAUAUCUGAAUCUGCUGUGGAUUUCAUUAAAUGUCUUCUAGUUAAAAAACCUGAGGAACGGGCAACAGCGGACGAAUGUCUGCUACACUCUUGGUUAGCACAGACUGAUGUUCAUGAUACUCUAAGGAGGAUUAGGACCACAGAAGAGGAGCCAAAUGCAACUAUUCUAAAUGAAGAAGAUUCUGCUUCUGAAAACUCUACAGAUGGAGAAAAACCUGAAGAAUCGGCAGUGACAGAAGAGUUGAUUGUAGUAGCUUCAUAUACACUAGGCCAGUGUAGGCAGUCAGAAAAAGAUAAAAUUGUUGAACAGAAAACCAUUUCCAAGCGGUUUAAAUUUGAGGAACCAUUAUUACAAGAAAUACCUGGAGAAUUUAUUUACUGAAUUUCAUCUUGUUUCUUCCUCUUCCACAUAUAACCAAAUUACACAUUCAUAUGCAAAAGUAAUUCUAAAGUAGAAGGGAAUGUUUGAAAAGUUAACUAGAAAACCGUGCCAAACUCUUUAUUUUUAUGGAAUUGGUUCAUGAGACGUAUCUUGUAGAGAAGAGCAAGAAGCAAUCAUUCAUUUUUCCCUACCUGUAGUUUAUAUGUAAAGCUUUUGGAUUAUAUCUUCUAUUGAGAGUAUUUGCAGUUGUGAGCUAUACUUGUUAGAUAUUUUUGUUAUCUGGACAAUCUGAUAGGUGUGCUUUGUCACCAAGUGUAGUAAAACAUAAAGAGCCAUUAGUAUUGGAACACAGGGUGCCUUUAUUUAUACUAAGCCACAUUUUACAUCCUGGCUUCAUCCCUGGUGAAAUAUUUUACCUCUCCUCUUCCACUUAUGACUGUCUAGUUUUCAUGCUAACUUUCAAAUUCAAACAAAGUAAAUCAGAGCUUGAGGGUGGCCAUUUUACUCUAGACUGGUUUGUAUAGGCUAGACCUUCACAACCUGUGGCGCUCCAGGUGUUUUGGACUUCAUCUCCCAGAAUUCUUGACCAUUGGGCAGGCUGGCAAGGGUUUCUGGGAGUCAGAGUCCCAAAUACCUGGAGGGCCUGGUAUAGGUUCAUCCAAUUUCCAUAUUAGAUUAUGAAUAAUACUAUGUUGACAUAAAGUGGCUUUGCCUUUAGUCUACCUUGAAAGGCGUUCUUAUAAGAAGCAAAAGAGUAAAUAAACCAUCAGUUUAUCAUCUCAUUUUGUAACGAAUAGUAAAUCUAUUUUGUAUUAAUUAGAUUAAAAUUCCACGUGUUUGAAUUUUCCAAUAUGCAGAAAGUCACCGGUUUCAUAUAGCUGUGGCAGUUGGCUCCUAUUGUCCAUGCACUGAGAUAUGCAUUACUCCAUAUCUGUUUAGUCCUCUUGGAAGGCCACCUCUUCAGAUUCAUACAAGAACAGGCAUGUGCUACUUUUUCAGUAUUAUUUAUUUUAAGAACACAAUAUUGUUAUAAUAUACGGAUGAAAUUCACAUUGAAGCCUUACUAACUGAAUAAUGUGGGAUUUCUAUAAUUUUCUCCACAUUAUCAGAUCAUUAGCUUGCCUUUAGCAGAAAUUGUGCUGGACUUCUGAAAUCACUUACCAAUGAAUCUGUUUCUGCAAAACAAGGUAUUAUGAAAUGAAGUUUGGAAAUAAGCUAUUCUUUAAAAACUUGGUACACAAAGCUUAGGAUACUACUUGAUGCUGACAGAAUAAUGAACCUUUGAGUGGUUUUUGUAAAGCAACUGAAUUCUGUUAAAGAAGUAUGAAAUCUAAAAAUUACCAAGCAUGAAGGCAAUGUGUUGGUCUUAUGAGUGGCAGUGGAAGUCUGUGGAAGCCUAUAAGUAGUCUGACUUAAUGUUUGGAUACAUUUUAUGAAGGCCAUGCUUGAGCUAAGCUGCAGCAUGUCUAAGAACUUGCAUCAGAGGUACAAUACUUACUAAAAGGAAAUCAGUUCUUGGUUUUAGUUCUCCUGUCUAAACAGCAGUUAAAUCAGGAGAAAAAGUUCAUGUUUCAGACUAUAUCUGUGAGGAAAUAAUCAAGCUAUGAAAUCACAGAGCUUUCUAGAUUGCAUUUACCAGCCUGGCCACUUCAAAGUUUGAUUAUUCUUCCAACACAAAAAAAUUGAAAUGCAGAUUUUUUUAAUUGCAGGAGAAUGUGCAUUUCAUUACAUUUGGUUUGUCUUGUGCUAAAGCUUGAUAAUAUAUUUAAUUUGUGAAUUUUAAUGUAUGUCUAACAAGGCCAGUUUAUUUUAUGGUUGGCUGCUUGAAGACUUCUCUGUAUUCUAUAUUGUAUUAACUUGCUGUUCUUUACGACGAGUACAGUAUUUAAAAUGUUUCCAAUAUGUGUAAUGUUACAGAAGUCUGAUGUAACCUAUAAGCAACAUUUAAGUUCACCUACAAUAGAAAUGGUACCAAUAUAUGUAGGGAUACUAGCUGUCGUUCCAUAAAUUCAAUGCUGACAGUUUCUGCUUUGCCAAAUUUGCCAUUGUGAGGAAAAUAGAUAAGAAAUAGAAGAUUGUUGCAGUGAAUUGCUACCAGAAAUGAAGGAAACGGAAAGCUUUCUUGUAAUGAAUGCAUAUUUUGGGGCCUCAUAUUUCAAAUAAACAAAUUUCAAAUCCUACAACACACAAAUUAACCAUAUACAGGAUAUCAAGUAGUGAGUGUAUGAAGAUGAGGGAGUGUAUGAAGAGGUAAAUUCUCAAAAAGCUAAAGGGGGGGGAUGUAAUUAUCACCAUGUUUCUUGCAAUUCUUUGCACCGUUUUAUAUUCUGAAAUGAGCAAGCCUUCCUCUUUUAUGGUGAGGCUCAUACAAACCUGCUCCUAAGAAUCACUAAGCUUCUUGAAUCCUUAUGCGAUAGUAGAAGUGAUGGGUGUCAUUUAUUUUGUAUUACUCCUGAUAUCUGGUACUUUUAGUUGCAGAGUUAUGGUUCUAAUUGAUAAGUGCUUUAUGAUCAACAUAAAAGGAAAAUAAAAGAGAA